AUGCAGCCAGCAAUGCUGGGCGUGUGGUCUUUGCUUCUGCUCUGGGGCCUGGGGGCUCCGUGCCAGGGGCUGCUGGAGACAGUCACGCUCGCGCGGAUCGACAAGGAUGAACUCGGCAAAGCCAUCCAGAACUCACUGGUUGGGGGACCCAUUCUGCAGGACGUGCUGGGAACAGUCACUGCCAUGAACCAGGGCCUCCUGGGCUCAGGAGGGCUGCUCGGAGGAGGAGGCCUGCUGAGCUAUGGCGGUGUUUUUGGUGUUGUGGAGGAGCUCUCUGGGCUGAAGAUUGAGGAGCUCACACUGCCCAAGGUGUCACUGAAGCUGCUGCCAGGAUUUGGGGUGCAGCUGAGCCUGCACACCAAGGUGGGCCUGCAUGGCUCCGGCCCCCUGGGGGGCCUCCUGCAGCUGGCAGCGGAGGUGAACGUGUCCUCGCGGGUGGCGCUGGGCAUGAGCCCACGGGGGACGCCCGUCCUUGUCCUCAAGCGCUGCAGCACGCUCCUGGGCCACGUCAGCCUUCGCUCCGGGUUGCUGCCCACACCGUUCUUUGGGGUUGUGGAACAGACACUCUUCAAGGUGCUGCCGGGACUGCUGUGCCCCCUGGUGGACGGUGUGCUGGGCGUGGUGAACCAGCUCCUGGGGGCUGUGCUGGGCCUGGUGCCCCUGGGGGCCCUCGGGUCUGUGGAAUUCUCGCUGGCCACACUGCCGCUCAUCUCCAACCAGUACGUAGAGUUGGACAUCAACCCUGUCGUGAAGAGCGUGGCCGGUGAUGUCAUCGACUUCCCCAAGCCCCCCGCCGCUGUCGAGGUGCCGCCCAAGGAGGACCACACGUCCCAGGUGAUAGUACCACAGUUCCUCUUCAACACCGUGUUUGGACUCCUGCAGAGCAACGGUGCCCUGGACAUAGACAUCAUCCCUGAGCUGGUUCCCAGCAACAUCCCACUAACAACUACAGACCUGGCAGCUUUAGUUCCUGAGACCCUGGGGAAAUUGCCCCCAGGCCAGCACCUCCUGCUCUCGCUGCGGGUGAAGGAAGCGCCCACGGUCACGCUCCAGAAGAAGAAGGCCACAGUCUCCAUCACAGCUAACAUCUGUGUGCUGUCUUACGUCCCUCAAGGGACCCCUGAAGCCCUUUUUGGGCUGGAUGGGGUCCUGACCCUGAGCACCCGGCUGGCCCCCUCGGCGACCGCGCUGCACGUGGCCCUGGCCCUGGAUCGGCUCAGCCUCCAGCUGGCUCCACCCUUUGCCCACACCACUGAUGUGUCACAUCUAGAAGAAUGGCUUAGUGGCGUGGUGGGCACAGCCUACGUGUCAAAACUCAAUGCGGCCCUGGACGUUGGAAUUCCCUUACCUAAGAUCCUCAAUGUCAACUUUGCCAGUUCUGUUCUGGAGAUCAUAGAGAAUGCCGUCGUGCUGACCGUGGCAUCCCGAGGCUGA